GCCCAUCACAAGCUCCCUUGGCCUGCCAUUGACAUAUUCCUCUUCUCGACACUCCUUUUUCUCGGCCAUUCACUAGAGCAUCGAGCCUUUUUCUACACCAGUCUUCCGCCAAUUUACUACUGCUUCCUCCACAACGACGACGACUCCAUAAUAUCCUGUCGCAAUGGCGGCCAAGAAGUCAGAGGUCAAGGAGACCUACUCGGUGAUCCUGCCCACCUUCAACGAGCGCCAGAACCUGCCCAUCAUCACCUGGCUGCUGGCACGCACCUUCAAGGAGAAUGAUAUCGACUGGGAACUCGUCAUCGUCGACGACGGCUCCCCCGACGGCACGCAAGACGUUGCGAACGAGCUCGUCAAAGCAUACAGCCCACACGUGAUCCUGAAGACGCGCACCGGAAAGCUGGGCCUGGGCACCGCGUACGUGCACGGCCUGCAAUUCGCCAAGGGCAACCGCAUCAUCAUCAUGGACGCCGACUUCAGCCAUCACCCCAAGUUCAUCCCGCAGAUGAUUGCGCUGCAGCGGUCGCAGGACUACGACAUCAUUACGGGCACUCGCUACGCGGCCGGCGGCGGCGUCUUCGGCUGGGACCUGAAGCGCAAGUUCACGAGCAAGGGCGCCAACAUCUUUGCCGACACUGUGCUGCGCCCCGGCGUCAGCGACCUGACGGGCAGCUUCCGUCUGUACAAGCGUCCCGUACUGGAGAAGCUGUUUGAGACCACCGACGUCCGCGGGUUCAGCAUGCAGAUGGCGCUGGCCGUGACGGCCAAGGCCAUGGGCUACACGAUCGGAGAAGUUCCCAUCACUUUCGUCGAUCGCGUCUACGGAGAUUCGAAACUGGGAACCGAGGAGAUACUGGAGUAUGCCAAGGGCGUGUUGUCGCUGUGGGCUAAAGUCUGAGGGGAAGAGACUAGGUUCGCAUUCGCGUCACCGACGCGCAUACACUUACACAAGGAGGGUGGAUGCACCCCCCGUCAGUCAUCUGACUUGGUCGGCACAUCUUUGGAGUUGGGCAGGAUUCUGGGAGUUAGGGAGCCGUGCAACGCUGAUUCGUAAUAAUUCUCGAAACAUAAUUCUCGGAAUGCAAAAGGCAUCAUGCCACAAGGGCACACAAAACAGCAUACUGGUAGGGCAGGCAGGGUACAGCUUGGGAGAGAAGAGGGGAAGAUUGCAACAGGAUCGAACAUGCCCUGUGAAUUGUAUCCUGAGAAAUAAUCCAGACAAGCCAGUUAAAUUACAUAUUCCUCCCGCCCGUC